GCUUUCCUUACGGCCGAGAGCUCGAAUGGACUCAAAAGCGAACGCGUUUUCUUGAGUAAGACCGUCGCCCACUCCUUUUGACCACAAAGAGAUGGAAGACCAUUACCCUGCAGUCCUCUUGAUGCUCCUCUGGAUCCAUGCUCAAUGUGUAAGGGCCGCUUGAGAUUCUCCUUCCAUGAUCCCGUGCGUCUCUCUCUACUUGUGCUGUUGUUCCUGGUGGAAAUAAGGAGAGAGAUCUCUGUACUUUGGGCAUACACAACUCAGGUGGUUUAGCUCUGUUAGGAGGACGAUUCAAGGAUUUUGCAUCGGUAUCAAGUCUAUCUGGUCAGCUAACUGUUAACAUGACUUGGGAAUCCUUUGUGUUUCUGUAAUAGCAAAAAGAAUGCCUAGAGAGUCGGAUCCCUUUCGUCAGUAUGUGGAUGCCGUGGAGAACAACAAGUGGGAGUGCAGGUUUUGCGGCAACAAGUAUAGCGGAAGUGCUACAAGGAUCCGGGCGCACCUCGCUGGAAAGCCGGGCUAUGGUAUCAAAGACUGUGAGAAAGUUGAUGAUCGUGUGAAAGAAGAAGCCCGGCAGACAUUUAAUGGUAAAGGCAGCAUGUUGGCUGUAAGCACGGGAGGCACAUCGGGGGAAGAAACGGAAAGAACAGCUUUUGGCCCUAGUCAAAUUGUAUUCCAAGGUGACGACGCGUCGAAUCCCAAUGACACGCAGAACUCGAAUCAACCCGGGUGCGCACCACAGCAACCAUCUUGCAAUUGGCCAACCGGAACCGGCACUGCUUCAGCAUGCCCUCAGUAUCAAGUGUCUUUGCCUCCUGGUUAUAUGCCUCUGGAUAAUCUAGAUACCACCCAGCAACCUGAUCUAUCGAACCAUGGGUUUGAUGCAGCUCUCCAGCAACUUCCGGUGUACUCGCCGGCUUUAUCUUCUCUUGAUCCACGUGAGCUACCAGCCCUUCUUGAGCAACUAACUAAUCUUGAAUCAGGGAGGGAACAACAAAAUUCAAGAGGGCUAUCAUCGUUCCCAAAUGAUCAGGUCCUUGGCGACAGCAGUAUGUCAAAUAGGCUGCAGGAGCUCAUUGGAGAUGGAAUCACUCCAGAUUCACCGCAAUAUUCAACAGGCUUGUCAUAUCUUCUCCACUCUCCGUCAGAGAAUCUUCCUGAAUCUCGUGAUGUAAUUGUAAACACUUCCGAGGAAAUACAAACGAAUGAACUGCAUAAUCCAACCGUGGGAUCAUCGUUACAAAUUGAUUCAUCCCUUGAUGUGGACGGUGCAAAUCGUUUGCAGGAUUGUGGUCAAUCGUGUGCAGUGGAAGUGAUUCCUGUACGCAGCAACACAAGUCCGACCGACACUGUCCAGCAUCCUGGUCAGCUUCCCCCAAGGUGUGACAAGGAAGAUGGGGAUGAUACUCGUCGGUUUCCUGUGCGAACUCCAAUGGACAUAGAUCCCUCCACUGCAUCACAGCAUACAAGUGACUCUCACAUUUUUGAGGCGACAAUCGUUGAUUCGCUAGUUCCAGAGGCGUCUACAAAUACAAUAGGCCCAUCAUCAUCACACGCUUCGGUGCCCCCUCAAUGUCAAAGUGUUCCACAUCAAUCCAUUAAUCUCAAGACAGUACAUCAGAAUCCAACCGUGCCAUCAUUAUGGAAAAACCAAUUAGUCACAUGUCAAGCUCUAAUGGACAUGGAUCCAUGUAUGCCAUCAUCAUCCCAAGCUCCAAAUAAUGCUCCUUCACCACCUCAGAUUCUACCUUGUGGCCCAUCAUCAUUAGCAGACUUAGAUAGGAAUGACGGUGCGCCAAUGACGAGUCAUCCAAACACAAGCAACAACUUUGAAGAGAAUAUAGCUUUGAAAAGAAAACUAGAACUACUCUAUAGAAAAGAAGCGAGCAUAAGGGAUGAGUUAGAAUUUGCCGCAUCUCUAUCCCUAAAGAAGCUGAGAAUGGAAGUUGCGAAUUGGUUGGUGAUUGUGGAUAAGGUUAGAAAUGAUUGUACUGAAGCAGCAAAUGAGGAUUGUUUGCUACUACAUCAACAAGUGGAUAUACUGAUGCGUGAAGCAGAAGACCGGAAAAGACAAGGCAAAGGACUACUUGAGGUAAGAGAGACCAAAGUCAGUAAAUUGUUAGAAGAAAAGAUGGUGGGUGAGGCAUUUCAGAGAAAUACUACAAAGAUUUUGGAGUACCUAGUAGGGAAUCAAAUAUCCAAAUUAGGCAUUUAUGGAAUGGGGGGUGUUGGUAAAACGACUAUUAUGGUGCAUAUACAUAAUAGACUCCUCGAAAAAGCAAACUAUGGCCACGUGUUAUGGAUUACCGUGUCACAAGAUCUCAACACACAAAGGUUGCAGGACACCCUUGGGAUGGAACUAGGUUUGGGCAUACUACAAGAAAAGGAUGUGAGGAAACGAGCAGCAAUGUUGCACGAUUGUUUAACGAAAAGAGGCAAAUCUACAAUAAUCCUCGAUGAUGUGUGGCAACGCUUUGAUCUUAAAGAGGUGGGAAUCCCAGUAGGAGCAGAUGGAAUUAAGUUGGUCUUAACCACUCGAUCCUUUGAGGUAUGCCGUCAGAUGCAUUGUCAAGAAAUGAUAAAAAUUGAACCUCUAUCUCAUAUAGAAGCCGAGAGUUUAUUUUUGGAGGAGCUUGGAUAUGAAGUGGCCCUUAAUUUGGAAACUAAAGCGAUUGUGAAGUCCAUUGUUGAAGAAUGUGCAGGCUUGCCACUAGCCGUCAUCACGAUGGCAAGAAGCAUGCAAGGAGUGACCGACGUGUUUGAAUGGAAGGAUUGCUUGGAGAAAUUGAGAGAAUCAGGGCAAACGGAUAUGGAAAAGGAGGUCUUAGUGAAACUAGAAUUCAGUUACAAUCGCCUUAGUAAUCAUGAAGUUCAACAAUGUUUCUUAUCUUGUGCACUUUAUCCAGAAGAUAAACAGAUUGGUAAGUUCGAGUUAAUAGAACUCUUUAUUGACCAAGGAUUGAUUGAUCGAUUGGAUACGAGGGAGAAACAAUACGAUAGAGGCCUCACCAUACUGAACAAACUGGAAAAUGUUUGCCUAUUGGAAGAUCAUGGGAGUGAGAUGAAGAUGCACGAUUUGAUUAGAGACAUGGCAUUGCACGUCAUGAGUGCGACUUCGCUUGUAAAAGCAAGAAAGGGGUUGGAGAGGAUACCAUCCGAGGAAUAUUGGACGGAUGCAUUGGAGAAAGUUUCUCUAAUGGAGAAUGAAAUUGGACAAUUUCCCUUGAACAUAUCACCGAAUUGUCCUAAACUAUCAACUUUUCUAUUGAAUGCAAACGAGUGGUGUGAUGUGGUCAUCCCCGAUUCUUUCUUCAAACAAUUACAGGGGCUAAAGGUUCUAAACCUGAGUAGUUGUUACUACCUAAGAAAACUUCCAGAUUCCAUUUCAGACUUGGUAAACUUGAGAGCACUAUUGCUUCGAGGAUGUGUGAAAUUGCGCCGUAUUCCUUAUUUAGGGAAGCUCAAAUCUUUGAUAAAGUUGGACCUUUGUAACUGUUUCGAGGUUCAAGCGCUCGAGGGUCUGGAAAUGUUGGUGAACUUGAGAUAUCUUGACCUAUCUAAUACAAAAAUAAAGAGAUUACCCAAAGAAACAUUGGGGGCUUUGUUGAACUUGCAACAUCUUAAAGUCGAGACGGUAAAUGGAGAAGACAUUACAGAAUUGUGGGCAUUGGAGACGCUUUUGUGCCGCUUUGAAGAUGUGGAUGGUUUCAACAAGUUUGCGAGGGUGGUUAGUAAGCAGGGGAAUAAUGCUCGCUAUUACAGGCUCGACGUCAUUCGAGAAGCAACGGAGAUUUAUGUGCAAGUAAGUGGUGAUGCUCGAUUUGGGAAUUGUGAGAGGAGUGUUUACAUUGAUACGUGGAGUCAUGCUAUUGUGAGCGCUGGAGGGGAAUACAGUGGCAUUUGUAUUUUGAUUCCCCAGGAUGUGCAGACAUUGAUAGCGAUCGAAUACGAUGGUGCAACAAAUUUGUUUGACAUGGGUCUGCUUGAAAACCUUGAGAAGCUAAAUAUGAUAAACUGGAAAAACUUGCGGGUGCUUUGUGGAGGGCAAGAUGAAGAAAUAAUCGACAUCCAUGACUCUCCUGCCCCUGCCCCUGCCCCAACCCCUACCCCUCCCUACUUCCCAAGCCUUAGGGAUUUGAAAAUAUAUCAAUGUCCGAAACUGAAGUAUCUCUUUGGGCAUGGGCCUAAAUUCUACCUUCCACAUCUACGAAAGAUUGAUAUAAGUAAUUGUGAGGAAAUGGUCGGGAUAACGGUUGCAGUUACAUCACCACCACCACAUCCGCCCCCAGCCUUCCCUAGUCUAGAAGUGAUUUCUAUUUGGGGAUGUGAUAAAAUGAAGAGAGUGGUGGAAUCUGAGUGGCUGCCUGACUUCCCUAAUCUAAGAAAAAUUACGGUAUUCUGUUGUGAGAAUGUGGAGGAGAUAAUUGGAGGUCCUCCACCAUACAUGCCAGUCGAAGAUAUUUCUCUCGAAUCUCUAGUGCUAGAAGGUUGUGAUAACAUGAGAAAGCUGUUUCCGCAUGAGUGGAUGCCCCAUCUUCGAAAUCUUCAAACUAUCGAAGUCAUUGGCUGCGAAGGAAUGGUGGAGAUGAUUAGCGGAGCGGGACAAGGCCAAGUAGGAAGUAUAAUGACUCCUGUAAACAACGCCCCUUCAUCCAUCCAAUCUUCAAUUUCACUCCCAAAGCUGAAGCACUUGUGCCUCCGCAAUCUACCCCGGCUGAAGAGCAUAUGUGAAGUCCCAAUAACUUGCGAUUCCAUGGAAAGUUUGGUGGUGUUCAAUUGCCCAGAAUUGAACAUGAUUCCUUUGCAAUUGCAAUUACGUGAUAUUAAGGACCUUCCGUAUAUUGAGGUGGAAGGUGAGGAAAAGUGGAAGACGCUGAUAUGGGAUCAUCCCGAUGCUCGGGCUAUUCUUCAAUCUCAUCUCCUUUUCCGUGGUAGUACCUGUGUUCUAGAAAGACAACGCAAUUCACAAUUAACCACGAGUGGAAGUGAAUCCCCCGAUGCUGCCUUCGAAGAAGUCUGCUGAAAGGCCUUCAGCUGCUAUUUUAAUUAUUCAAGCAUGCUUUCCUGCAAACUCAAGUCACCGUGUGAAUUACUUUCUUCGUAUGCCGUACUUCGUUGCCAAAGGGGACACCAUAGCGCGCGGUAUUU